CGUAAAGGGAGUUGUUUCCCUUGCACAAAGGUCAAAGCAUGGGAAGUUUGUUCGCUCAUCAACGGUACGAUAGUUCACAGCUAGAAUUAUUAUUGCUUUAAAGAACUGCUGAAUUCCAUUGGUGACAACAGACUUGAGUUGUUAAAAUGAACUAUCGCAACGGAACACGUCUACUGUAUCAGGUUUCUGCAGUUCUUCAAAAGAUAAACAGACCAAGUUUUCCUUCAACCGUGCUGAAUUAUUGUGGAAAUGUUUUUAUGUGUAGAAACCUAUACACUUUACAAAAUCGUUCUAAGAGGUUUCUGUCAACUUGUUUUAAUCAUGGUGUUUUAUUAAAACUGACGAGCCAUGAAGUGUUGAAUUGCCUUCCUUUAUUAAUUUGUACAGAACAUAAUUCAUACACUGGUUGUUCUUUUGGACGUUAUGAUUAUAAACAACAACAGUUAGGUUCACAUUUGAUAACGAAAACUGCAAGAGGAAACCGUUGUUUCCACACAUCCAAUCAGAGACAUGCAACUUUCAUUCAUACAGAGCAUAAUGUGUACGCCUGUUUUUCUCGACGUUCUGAAUAUAAACAGUUCGGUCCAGGUCUGCUGACAAAAACGGCAAUAGGAAAGCGAUCUUUUCACACAUCACAUCUUUUGUGUUUAAACAGUGAACUUGAAAAGGAGUAUAUGUCGAUAUAUCGCUUAAAAAAUAUGAAAUAUUUACAGAUAUUAAACCGGUCUAAGAUUUAUCUGACUGUAUCUUCGAUGAUUAGUCUUCUACCGACUAUUUAUAACGGAGUUUACGGUAAUGUGAGUCCGGUUCUAUUUUUGUCACUUUCUGCUGUUAUCACAUGUAUUACUGUUGCUUUAUAUAUACUAAGCGCAUUAAUGCCAAGAAUUGUCGGAGAAUUGGGCAUCAAUAAAAAUUCCGACGAGAUAAGACUGUCGUAUUUGUCGUUCUGGGGUAAAAGACAAGAUUUACUCAUACCGGUCAACAUGUUGGUGCCUUUUGCAGAAAUAGUGGAAUCGUCUAAGAAAGACUAUGUAGUAAUCAAAUUGCGUGAUAUGUCAGAUAAAUGGUAUCUGUUUCCUCAAUAUGCUAAACUAUUGGAGAAAUCAAAAAUAGAAUCUGUUUUAGGUAAAAUAGAAAAAUGAUAUCAGUUGGUGUACCGGUAAUAGAAUUUAGUAUACAUAUAUAUUAUUGUGCUGUAUUAAAAUAUCUCCAAUAAAUAC